AAUUUUACAUUUUAUUACAAUGUCACUGUUAAUAUCCAUCGGGAAAUAGUAUGUUUCCUUACAAAGCGAACAGACCCCUGCAGAGGCUGCUGCUGGCUUUUAAACGGCAUCAGUAUGGCGACACUGCUAAGAGGAAAAGCUCCUCGUCCUCGUCAUCCCCCCGGCUGGUUUUGGGCAUCGAGACGAGCUGCGACGACACCGGGGCCGCCGUGCUCAGCGAGACGGGCGCUAUACUGGGAGAGUCCCUUCACUCCCAGAAAGAGGUGCACCUCAGAACUGGCGGCAUCAUACCUACUGUGGCCAAGCAGCUCCACAUGGAACACAUCGAGAGCGUAGUCCAGGAGGCGUUGGACCAGAGUGGCGUGGACCCAGCUCAGCUGUCGGCAGUGGCCACCACUAUCAAGCCGGGCCUGGCCCUGAGCUUAGGCGUGGGUCUGGAGUUCAGCCUUAGUUUUGUCAAACGGCACAGCACCCCCUUCAUCCCCAUCCACCACAUGGAGGCCCACGCCCUGACCGUUCGCAUGCUACAGCCUGUUUCCUUCCCGUUCCUGGUGCUGCUCGUGUCAGGCGGUCACUCGCUGCUUGCAGUGGCUCGGGGUGUGGACAAUUUCCUUCAGCUGGGUCACAGUCUGGAUGAAGCUCCGGGUGAAACUCUAGAUAAGGUGGCAAGACGUCUGUCGCUCAUCAAGCACCCGCGUUGCUCCACGCUGAGCGGAGGACAGGCCAUAGAGCUGCUGGCUAAGGACGGCGACCGGAUGAAAUUUCCUUUCAGGACGCCCAUGGGACAAAUGUACGACUGCUGCUUCUCUUUUUCCGGGCUACGAAAUCAAGUUAACAUGACUAUCGAGAAAAAAGAAGCAGAGGAAGGUAUUGAACACGGAACUCUGCUCUCCUGCGUGAACGACAUAGCAGCAGCGACGCAGCACACGGUCGCAUGUCAUCUUGCCAAGCGCACGCAUCGCGCCAUCUUAUUCUGUAAGGCCAAUGGAUUGUUGCCCUCGCUCACGCCCACAUUGGUUGUGUCUGGAGGCGUGGCGAGCAAUCAGUACAUCCGCAAAGCUCUGGGCAUCAUCGCCGAGGCAACUGGCCUUCGCCUGCUAUGUCCUCCCGCUAAAUUCUGCACCGACAACGGCGUGAUGAUCGCGUGGAACGGUGUUGAGCGACUCAGGGAAGGAAAGGGAGUGCUCCAUCCAAAUGUGGAGAUCAGUUAUGAACCCAAAGCACCACUGGGCGUCGACCUAACGUCGCAAGUGAAAGCGGCGGCUAUCAGGGUCCCGUCAAUCAGGAUGAAUAUCUCAUAGACCAAGGGUCUGGAACCUACGGCUCGCGAGCCACACCUGGCUCUUUUGGUGGAUGCAUAUGAAUCGCAGAGCCCUUAUAACGACAUAUUGUAUACAGCAGGGGUGCUCAAUGUGUCCAUUGCGAUCGCCUAGUGGAUAGCGAGGAAGUUCUGGUCGAUCGCGUGACUGCGUGGCCAAAAAACAAAAAAAAGACAUCAGCCUGACGUCUUUUGGGGAGUAAGUACAAAAUCCACACACAAAAAGACCUGAACCACCCUUUUGAGGUUUACAGAGGAGUCAUGAGCCAACAGUGUGAGGAGCUCAAUAGUAGGUCUAUUUAAAAUGUAUAUUUUAUGAUUUUUGGUUUUAUUUUACAUUAAAAUUUUAAUUGAAUA